ACUAUAGUCAACUAUAGUGCGUCGGAUCAGAUAAAUAAUUUCCAUGUCUAUUGAGAUGCUUAUUUGUUGGUGAAUGCUAGACGCCUUAUAGACCUUUCAUUUCCGUAACAUAUGUAUAUAAAACUGCGAUACUUUCAGUAAAAUACCCGGUAAUACCGAUUUCUAAUUUUUCGGUAUUGAUACGAAUUUUAUAUUCAACAGGAAGACGACACAACAAUCUUGGAAAGAAGAAAGACUAGUCAUUCAUAAUUCUACUGUUGUAAACAAUUGUUGUUGUCCUGCCAGCCGCCAAUGUACAACCUUCAAACGUGGUUCAACGCUCAGCUUUGAACAGUUCUGUAUUUAUUUAGGUUAGGAUAGGUUAGGUUAAGUCGGUUUGAAUACAGAACCGCUGUCCCUUGAUGGAAACACCGUAUAUUUGUGGGCUGUGAAAAUGAGUGCGACCAAAAGUACGGAGGGUACGGGAUUAGAGGAUCUCGGAGUUCCAGGCCAAGUGUUUCUCAGAGAUGCUCUGACCAGUUGCACCGAUCCCCUGAAAGCCAUUGAGGAGUUCCAGAUUCCAGUUAGAAAAUGGUAUUCUAUUGCCUUCGUUACGUCCAAUGUUACCGCUAUUGGACCUCCACGGCGUCAGAAGGCUGGACUUUCACGCCUCGGUAUUAGAAGAGCUUAGAGAAAAACUUGUGAAGCGGAUAGCCGAGAUUGGGGCUGAGCGAGGGGAAAAGGGGGGAAGCGACCGUAGGCUUAAGGAUCUGUUGGCCAAGAGCUUUCCUGCCGUUAGAGUUGCCGCGCUCAGGCCAGUCGUUAUGUGUAUUUUAAGAAAUACCCCUCAUAUCGAUGACAAAUACCUACGAGUACUGGUUAGGGAAAAGGAACUUUACAAUGACGCUGACACGGAGGUGAAACGACAGAUCUGGAAGGACAAUCAAAGUCUUUUCGGAGACGAGGUAUCGCCUCUCUUCAGUCGCUACAUCAUUGAAAAGGAACAAGUUUUGUUCGAUCAUCGGAACCUGAAUGCCUUAUUUUUUUCACCAUCGCCCAAGGUGAGGAGACAAGGAGAAGUGGUACAGAAGCUGGCACACAUGAUAGGUCACAGCGUGAAACUUUACGACAUGGUGCUCCAGUUUCUCAGGACUCUUUUUUUACGAACUAAGAAUAUCCAUUACUGUACUCUUCGGGCUGAGUUGUUGAUGGCACUGCAUGAUCUAGAGGUUCAAGAUAUAAUAUCUGUAGAUCCAUGCCACAAGUUUACUUGGUGCUUGGAUGCUUGCAUCAGGGAGAAAAACGUGGAUGUGAAAAGGUCUCGAGAACUACAAGGAUUUCUUGAUAGCAUCAAGAGAGGCCAGGAGCAAGUACUUGGUGAUCUCAGUAUGACACUGUGUGACCCAUACGCCGUGAAUUUUCUAGCUAGUAGCGCAAUAAAAAUAGCUCUUCAUCUAAUUAACGGGGAAGCUCUGCCACGGGAUAACGCUGUCCUUGUUCUACUUCUGAGAAUGCUGGCCCUGGGCUUGUCAGCCUGGCAAAUGAUCGACUCCCAAGAUUUUAAAGAGCCGAAACUUGACAGUCAAGUUGUGACGAAGUUUCUGCCAGCACUUAUGUCUCUCAUGGUAGAUGACCAGAUAAGACAAUUGAAUGGAAAGCUCCCACCAGAUGAAAGAGAAAGUGCUAUCGCUAUUAUUGAGCACUCUGGACCACCUCCAGACGCGUGUCAAGCUUACGCUCAACUUUCUGGAGUUGCAGCUGUUUUAUCCAUGUAUCACGCUUUAUAUGUUGGCGGAGGUGGAAGUGGGAGUAGCGGAAGAGCUCGAGGUGAUGCGAGAGGCUUAAUGCGGGUCUUGGCAACGCUACCAAAUUGCCAGGCGCAUCGCGCUUUUGAGGAUCCAUUUUUACACACUCUGGUAUCUCUGCUGAUCUUAAAUAUGGCUGAUGAGUUUUCCGGUGAAUCAUUUUGCACCGUCAUAUUCGACGAGUUCUUCCUGGCAGGAUUAACAAGGGACAAUGUUACGCGACACCUCUUGAAACUUUUAUGGUACAUUCAUCCCAAACUUCCUCCGGCACGAUUACAUUCCCUGAUGAAAGCCUUGCAACCCAAUAGCCAGCACAACGAAGCUGUGCAUAGUCUCUAUCAAUCUCUCCGAGAAAAAAUUGGCAGCCAAUCAACAGAAGAUCUUUUGAUAUCGUCAACUUCUAUGGAUACACUUGAAUGCCCUGAUUCACCACUAGAUGUUGUCCCUACACCUGGGCCUCGUUAACUAUUUUACAUCGACAAUAGGAUUUUACGGGGUAUGCGACGUAUUUAGAGUUUUAUCAUUAUACACAAAUUAGAAUGUAUCGCAAUUCAAUAUCAGAAUAGAAUGUAUUAAGAAGCACCUUGAUUCAGAUGUGUUUUCAAUGGAUGAUAGGCAUUUUUAUUAUUUACUUCCAAUGACUUCCUUCAAGGAUAUCACUAAUGUGGAAACAACACUUGUAGCGUGUACAAAUACAUCGUACAUAUUUUUUUAAUGGUACCAUGUCUGACCCAUGAUAUGGUACGUCACCUUGCGUAUCCGUAUGAUUUAAGGCCAAAAUGAAACUGUUUUGCGUAUCACCCUUUGCCUUUAAUCACGGAAUCCCUCUUUUCCCCCACUGAAAAUUGAAUAUGAUCACAAAUGUAUCAUCAACUAUCAGAAAUAACGUGGGUUAUCAAAAUAAUUAGAAAACAAUUUUAUUUCACAAUUUUCAUUGCGUGCAUCAAGUUGUGAUGAGAAUAGUUAUCACCUACAUUUAGCAAUUUACACUUAUAUGCGAUGAACAUAACAGAAAAUAAAACAGUUGAACGUUCACAAAAAUAUUCGAUUCAUUCAAAAAUUUGUCUGCCCCAUGUCUUAUAUUUCAACGUCAUUACUAUGGAAUAAAGAAGAAAGGGUUUCGAGGUAAUUUCAAUGUAUACCAAUUGUCUAUUCAGUUAAAUUAUAGUUGUCACAAUGGUUCUUCGAUAAUCCGAAAUUAUUAAUAUCGGACUGCAAAUAUUGGGCUCAACCCUUGAUACGCUAAAAUUAUAAGCAGCAAACCCAAUGUUAUUAGGUGCAAAUUUGUUUUCGAUAUAACGUUACUUUUUACGACCAAACGUGCGACUAAAUCGAACACAAAUAUUGUACAUAUUUUCUAUUCCAAUUAAAGUUACUGAGGUUUUUGCACUCCCUAACUGUAUCAAGUCAUGUUACAUACCUAUAUUUUCAAUUUAAUUUCUUCUUUCCGCUACUAAAAUUGGAUUUGUCAAUAUUAGUUUCAUUAUAUUAUUUUUAACGUAGAAAUGGAGAGUUACUCUGUAUCAAUCAUGUCCACGGAAAUCUGUAAGCGCUGUGAAGAAUAUCAUGACAUGCUUGUUUGAUUACCAACAUUUCCAACUUUGACUAAAUCGAGGUUGCUAUACAGUACAUUAAAAACAUUACCUAAAUUGCAACCAAAUUCAGAGCGUUUAUCCUCUACAUAUCAGUUGUCAUGUACAUUAUAAUUGCAAUUAGGUAUGUGGAUGCAAAUAUUUUCUACUGAGGGCAGAUUAAUCGUAAAUAAAACAUCAAAGGGAAAAUGGAAAUGUAUGUCUCUCUAAAUGCUUUAAAACUGUAUAUUUAGGUAUACUUAUAUUCACUGCAACGAAUUUGCCAUUUGGCAAAGUUUCACAUCCUACAUA